AGCUUUCUCGCACGACCCUUAGGAGGCACAUAUGCCUCCUGUUACAGUAUCCGUCUCCCUCGUUGGUCUGCUUGCUCGACCCUUAUCUGGGAUUUGCCAAGCUUGUGGCUGCGCAGACUCUAUCGAACGGGCGGCCAUUUAGUAUGGCUUUGCGAGGGGACGGAAUAAUAGCUGCUACUUACCCUCAGAACAGUUUCUCACACAGACAACCAUUACCCUCGGACUAGGCUGGGGAUUUCACUGGCCUAGCAGUAAAAAUAGUCGUCGCAGAAUCCCCGUACAACCACUGUACAGUCAGCCUGUCUCCAUACUUGGCGGCCCGCCAUUGCAUUCGAUUGCGAGAGUUCGUCCCUGAAGCUGGUUUCCCACUUGCUCCCAUAAACAGCUCCUUCAAGCAGCACCAGGCGGUGCCUUGUCUUCAGGCGUUCGCGUUGCUUUUUAUAUGGAAUAAAAAACCUUCGUCUGGACGCAUAUACACAUUGCGUCGUCACCUCCUUUCAGGAGUCGCCGUUUAGGGUUCUCUCCAGCAUUCUCUCGUUAGGCUCACGUCCGUGUGCCUUCCCAGCUCUGCGCUAGAGCCAGAAUCUGCGAGCGUUUUACUUGCUUGUCUUAGGUAAACCACCGAGACCAAAGUGGUCGCGGAAUUAACGGGAGCUACAGGUUACCGGAUUUUACUGUUGAACGUCCCUAGGAAUCUCUAAGUCUGACAGACUGGACGACUUAAAGCCCUCGUCGCGCGCUGCAGUCUCCUCAUCUGCAACUGCAGCAGCAGCAGCUAUGCCCAUGUCUCCGGGGGGUCCUCUUGCCCCCGCCGCCAUAGUUCGGCUCCGAGGCGCCGCAGCGACGUUCCAGAAGCUUCCUCUCGGCUUCCUUCCCCCCGGUGGGCCAGGCGCCGCCGUUGUCUCUGCGGCGACCCGCCUCAUCGCGCGCUUCGGCAAGCGAGACGCGCCUAAGAAGGCCCGGAAAACCCGGAAAGCGACCAGGAAGGCGCGCGCGUCCGGAGAGGGGGAGGCGGAAGAGGAUGCCGAGGAGGAGGCGGAAGAGGCAGAGGAAGAGACGGCCCGUUUCGGUGGUGUUAGCCGUCAGCUCGCCCUUGUGAAAGGUCGAGGGUCCACUAUUUCGUUGAGAACCCCCUCUUCUGGAGCAGCAGCAGCAGCGGGUUUAGGGGCGGGAGCGGGAGCGGGAGCAGGAGCAGGAUCGGCUAUUUCGUCCCUUUUCGUGAAUCUCCAUCCGCGUUUGCUUCUGGCAUGUCGAUCCAAGCUGCUGGACAUAGGAACGCGCCUCUUCGCGCCCUCCUCCUCGCCCUCGACUCCGCUGUCUAUAAUCACCCUCCGUUCCGCGCUCCCUACGCCGGCGGGGCCCUCCGGCCCGCGCCCCUUCCGCGGGGCUGCGGGGCUGCGCCCGCACGGGCCUGGCGGAAGCACCCACGCGCAUGGCGGAAGCGGAGGCGGUUUUCACCAGCAUCCCCGCGGACCCUCCUCCGCUCGGUCCGGCACUCCGCGAGCCUCCGGAUCAGGAGGUUUGGAAGCUGGUUUGGACGAUGAGAGGUUGGGCAGACCGGGAGGUAGCAGUAUUGUGAGGAUGGGGGGAGCCAUGGCGCAUUCUCAUGCGCACGGUCCUGCGCAAUCCUUCCAUCAUCACCGUCACCAGAACCACCACCAGCAGCAGCACCAGCAGCAGUACCACCAUCACCACCAGCACCAUGCUUCUGCGCGCUUGUCGGGGGCUCGCGCUGCCGCGCUAGUCGUUCCGCCGCCCGCAGGCGGGCUUGCUUCCGCCGGUUCCGCGUCCGGCGCAGCAGCGUCCGCGGCUGCUGCGGCCGCCGCCGCUUCCGCCGGGUUCGGUUCUUCCGGAGGCUCCGCGCACGGUCCGUUCCACGGGGGAAGCCGCGCGGGCGGCGGGUUUGGGGGAGCUGGCAGGGUGGGGGAUAUCGGGGGACGCGCGGGUGCCGCGGGGAGGAUUUCCGGCGCGGGUGCAGGUGCAGCUAGUGCAGGCGGUAACUGGUCUAGAGCCGGGGGGGAUGGGUUGAGGCGAGGGAAGGGAGGAAGAGGAGGAGGAGGAGGGGGAGGAAUGGCAGCAGCGGCAGCAUCAGCAGCGGCAGCGGCGUCAGCGACGGCAGGAGUGUGCACGGGGAAAGCAGCAGGGGGAAUCCGUGGCGGUACGGCUCUGGCUGCUAGUGCGACCAACGCGGCCGCAGCAGCGGCUGCUGCGGAGGCAGCUGCAGCAGCGGUGGCGGCGUCUGCGAGGAGCUUCGCGGACGAGAGCGUGCCGCUAGCCAUUGGCGCUCUUGGCGGGGACUUUAGCAGGCGGCGGCCAGCGCGCACGGUGUCCAAGUUCCACCACGGGCGAGUGGGCGCGCACUCCGGCAACCACAGCGCUGCUGCUGAAGCCGUUGUGCAAGAGAUACUCGCGCUGCCGGACCCCUUCUGCUACAGCACUACUGCCUCCUCCUCCUCCUCCUCCUCCUCCUCCCCCGCUUCGGCCAACCUGAGUAGCAGCAGUGGCGGCAGCAGCGGCGGCAGCAGCUGCGGCAGCAGCACGUGCAGCAGCAGCAGCAGCGGAGGGGACAGCAGCAGCGACAGCAGCAGCAAUUGCAGCAGUGAGGACAUGCAGGAGUGCGACGUGCUGCUCUCGCAGGUGCUGGACCGCUGGCAGCGGGAGCAGCAGGGGCAGGGGCAGGGGCAGCAGGGCGCGGGAGAGCCGACCCUGGCGAACUGGUCGUAUAUAUUCCGGGAGCUGGGAAACCGAGGGCAGUGGCAGAAGACACUCGCGUGCUUCAACUGGCUGCUCGAGAGUCCGCGGGUGAAGCGGGGUGGGAGGGGCGGGGCGGGCGACUGGGCGAAGCUGGUAAGCACCACAAUAGCGGUGCUGGGGCGCCACGGCCAGGUGGACGCCGCUCGCCGCGUGUUCGAGCGCGCGCACGCCUUUGGUGUGCCGCCCAACGUCUACGCCUUUUCCGCUCUCAUCAGCGCCUAUGGUCGCAGUGGGCGCAGCACGGACGCGCUGGCGCUGCUGCGCAGCAUGGGGGAUGCGGGGUGCCGGCCCAACCUGGUGACGUACAACGCCGCCAUCGACGCCUGCGCCAAGGCGGGGGGGGCCGCCGGCGCGGGGGAGGUGGAGGUGGCGCGCGCAUGGGCGCUGGUGCGCGAGAUGAAGGAGCAAGGCAUUGCGCCUGACAGGAUCACGUACAACUCGCUCAUGGCGGUGUGCAGCAGGGCGGGGCAGUGGCAGGAGGCGCUGAGGGUGUUCGAACUCAUGGGGCAGGAGGCCAGCGCUGCUGCUGCUGCUGGCACUGCUGGUAGUGCUGAUACUGCUGGUGCUACUGCUGCUGCUGCAGCGUCCCGUGGUGGGAGGAAGGACCAGCAGGGGCCGGGCGGCAGGAGGAGGGGGAAGGAGGGCGGCGGUGGCGGAGGAGGCGGCGGAGAGGAGGAGGGGGGAGUGGCGUUGGUGCGUGACAUAUUCACGUUCAACACGCUCAUAGACGCGCUGUGCAAGGCGUCGCAGAUGGACGCAGCUGCCGCCGCCUUCGCCUCCAUGACCCAGUCAGACGUCACGCCCAACGUGGUGACCUUCAGCACGAUGAUAGACGGGUACCGCAAGGUGAACGACCUGUCGAGCGCCAUCAACAUGUUCCACACCAUGCAGCACGCCGGGGUCCGCCCUGACAGGGUGACGUACAACACCCUCCUGGACAUCUACGGCAAGGCAGGCCGCCUCCCCGAGGCCAUAGCCGUAGCCCGAGAGAUGGAGGCCGCGGGGUGGCGCCUGGACGUGGUGGCGCACAACGCACUGCUGGACGCGUACGGCAAGGCGGGGCGGUGCGACGAGGUGCUGCGCCUCUUCCACGCCAUGAAGCGCCAGGGCCUGCAGCCCAACGUGCUCACGCUGUCCGCCGUGGUGACGGCGCUGUCGCGCGCGGGCCGGCACCAGGAGGCGGCGGCGCUGUUCCAGCAGUACCGGGACAUGGGGCUGCAGGUGGAUGUGGUGGUGUACAGUGCGAUCAUCGACGCGCAUGGGAAGCAGGGCAAGGUGGAGGAUGCGAUGAGUGUGUUCCGGCAGAUGCUGCACGACGGCGUGCAGCCCAACGUGGUGACGUACAACUCGCUCAUCGACGCUCUCGGCCGCUCCACCCAGGUGACAACAUCAGGAAAGAGAAGUGAGGCCCGGCGCAAGCGUGGCGAGCGCGGGGAGGUAGGGGAGGAGGUGGGCUUGGCGGGGGCGGAGGAGGAGGGGGAGGAGGAGCGGAGGGAGGUGCGGUUGGAGGCUGCCCUGCGCAUGUUCCGAGAGAUGAAGGCAGCGGGCGUGCGGCCCAACGUCGUCACCUUCUCUGCCAUGCUCUCCACCUGCAGCCGUCUCUCCAACUGGCGCGACGCUGCCCUUCUCCUUCGCGAAAUGGGCUCCACGUUUGAAGCCCCCUCCGUCCCUGCCACUACUGCUGCUGUUGCUGCUGCUGCUACUCCUGCCACUGCCACCCUUACCACUGCUGCUGCCACGAGCAGCAGUGACACGAGUGCAGGGGUGUAUGUGCUCGCAGAGUCCAUGCUGCAUGGGUGUGUGCACGCAGAUGGGGACAGCGAGGACGAGCGAGAGGAGGAGAGAGUGCAGCCGAUGGACGAGGCAGGUGAUAGCAAGACUCAGAGCAGCAGCAGCAGCGGGAGUAGCAGCGGGGGUAGCAAGGGGAGUAGCAUGAGGAGCGGUGAUGGUGAGCUGGUGCAACGAGUGAGGGUGCUGUCGCGUGGCGAGGUGGGUCAGCUGUUCGCAGCGGUGGCAGCGCUGGACUCCUCCACCUCCAUCGCAUUCUUCAACGCUCUCAACGACCUGCUCUGGCGAUUCAACCAGAGGGCGCAGGCAGUGCGGGUGACACGGGGGGCGCGGCGCUUGGGGGUGUACGAGGGGGCGGUGUGGGGUAAGGUUGAGGCGCAGGAGUGGGUGCUGGACCUGCACCUCAUGUCCGUGGGAGCCGCCAUGGCCAUGCUGCACCUCUGGCUGCUGGACCUGCAGCGCCUCGUGCUCCAAUUCAACCACGUUGGGAGCACUGGGAGCACCGGGAGCACCGGGAGCAGCAGUAACCCCCUACCACGCCUUCUCAAUGUGCUAACUGGGUGGGGGCGCCACAGCAAGGUGGUGGGCACGAGUGUGAUCAAGACACAGGUGGAGGCGUGUCUCCUCGCCCUCGCCUCCCCCUUCCGCUCCUCUGCGUCCAACGGCGGCCGCCUCAGCGCCUCCGGCCCGGCUGUGUCGCGCUGGCUGCUAGCGCUGGCAGAGAGAGGCACCAGCAACCCGCUGCUGUUGCAGGAUGAGCGAGGGCUACGAGGGGCCUGGGCGUGAGGGGGUGCAGUGCAGCCACGGCUUGGUGUUACCUGUCCAGUCCAGCUUGCGGCCAAUGUUUACCUUUCCCCUGAGGGACGGGGGUGUUUUUUGUGUGUAGUGGCUGUGAGGCUGUGAGCUGAGCAAUGGGCUGCAGGCUUGAGUUGCUUUGCUAUGAGCUCCAGCUUUGCAACCGCAGCAGCAGCAGUAGCAGCAGCCGGAGCAGUAGCAGCAGCUUUCCCCAUUGUUGCAGCUUCCACUACUGCAGCUGCUGCUGCGAGCUGCCCCAAUUUUCGUGUCCCGCCCUCUUGCCUCAUCUAUUCUUGCAACUUCAAGCUGGGCGCCCAACACAUACUAUUUGGGCUUCAGCUUUCCCCCCUUUCUUUUUGUGCAUGUUUUUUCGUUUUCCUGUUUAUAAAUGGAGCACUUAUCA